AUGGCAAGCAUCACUGCAUCUCGAGGUGUCGCUAGCAUUACCCCGCCGUCUUCAUCGCACGGUCAUCGCGAUUGGGAAUACUCGGUUCCCAUCGAUGCUCCUGAAGACGACGGUAAUACCUACUACAGUUACACCGGCAACAGAAACGGGGGCGCCAGUCGUUCUAGGACAAGCUCUGUGACAAAGCCGAAGGGGGUGGAAAAUCGGAAACCGUCUUACAACAGAUCCAAUAGCGAUUAUGCGAGGGAUACCCCGAGGAAUGCUUAUCUUUCUAACGCAGCCGAAAUUUCUCAAGACGAUUUCCUAGUCGCUCCUCGUGCUCCAGCUUUGUCUAGCCGUUCGCCAAGCAGUGCCGAUGGCCGAGACUCCGUUAUCGAUCUCUAUUCAAACAACCGAUUGUCGACGAUUAGUGGUGUCACCGAAAUCCUACCGAAUAUCAACAGUUCAGCAACCGCCAUGUAUGAUCUUUCGGGCGACAUUGAUAACAGAGAGGCUUCUAGCUGGAUUCACCGCGAUAAGUUGAUGAGAAUAGAGUCUGUCGAGUUCAAGAAAACCCCUACUUCAAGUGAGGCAUGGGUCAAGACUGCAUCACGAAAGCUGUCUCUAGGUCGCAUGUCGGAGGCUCGUGGCAAUUCAAAUUCACAGGCUUGGGAAAAUUCCUUUGAGAGGAGUGGUGAAGAGGAUUCUGGAGUUUUCGAUGAUAACGACUUUGACUUAAGGCUUCCGGAAGAGCGUGAAGCCGCACGUGAAGCCGAACUUAUCGCACAAAAGUUGGCCGCAGCUCGAAAUAAGUCGAAUACUCCAUCGAAGAUCCCCGUCAACGUUGCUUCACCAGCACCGAUCCCGUUGCAAUUCUUGGAACGAAACUCUCCACUGAAGAGAGCAAGAUCUGGCUCUAUCGAUGAAGACGAAGUGCAGAGCAUUUCGUACCCCGCAACGAGAACUAGAUCCCAAACACUCGAGUCCGAAGACCCACCAGUUACGCCACCAGAGAAAUCUGCCCCGGGAACUGCAAACUCGUCUACCCCUCCGAAUCGGACGACUCGUAGCUUGUCUAAGAGCUCUCCUCGCCGCCCGUCCAGCUCUCAUAGGGCAUCGGCGGCUGGUGGAAAGAACCUUCCGAAACUAAGAACCGCAUCAGCAUCUGGAAACCGAGGCUCUGGCGGUAGCGGGUCCGCUAGCAUCAAUGCUGCUCCACAACAUAAGUCUCCUGAAGGUCAACCACCAUGGGCAGUUGCUUCAUAUGCGCCAGAUCCAAAGCUACCCCAGGACCAACAAAUCAUUCCGACCGUUGCAAAGAGAUUACAACAAGAGGAAUGGGAACGAGAGGGCGCACCUGCUUCUGUUUUCGAUAGGGACUUGAGGCCUCUGAAACUUUACGAGAAAGAUAUUGAACCAAAAGAGGCCAUCAACUUUGGGGAGCAGAGUGCUCAAUGGCCAAUAUCAAAUGAAAAGCAAAGGGAUCCUCCACCGAUGGUGGAACCUAAGAAGGAAAUUCCGAAAAUGGAGUCUCCAAAGAUUCUUCCCAAGGCACCACGCUCGGAAUCACCUCCCCCAAGACCGCCUUCUAGGGAGCCUAUCCGUGUUAAGGAUCCUGACGAGGUUCCAACCAAGGGCAAAAAGGAUAAGGGAUGUUGCGGUUGUUCGAUCAUGUAG